AUGUUUCUAUGCUUUGUGUGGUCGGUCCGACUAAGCUUACCGUGUGGCAACGGUCCGCCGAUUGCGAAGGUUUCAUUCGCGCCCGUGCAGACGACAGACGGGCCCGAGGAGCUCAGGCUGCGACUUAUUACAACUACCGCAUCUCGCGACAGUUACGCGAUAUUGGACGUCGUCCAAACGUUGGCUGGAUCGGAGCUCGCACACCGCGUGCGAAAUGGCUUGCCACGUCUCAACUGGCCCCUUCCGCCGCUAUGCACUGUCCUUCUCGGUCGUGACGUACGAAACCUGAUGGGCCAUAGUGACCGACUUAAGCGCCAUCGAUGCGUCAAUGAUGUUAGUCGCUUCCUCGUUGCGAUAUCGCCCCGCUCAUUCCGAAAACGCUCGACGUACGCACGUUGUAGUCCGCCCCCUUGGCUUCACAACAACGCGUCGAUUUCGUACUGUUUGCAAUGUCGCAAGGCCUAG